CCAGCUGAUCCGCGGUGUUGCUAAGUUUUCAGUGUGAGGUGUGAGCUUCUCGUGCUCUGGUCAUUGAGAGCACAGCUCGGUUCUGUGUGGUUCUGUUCUGCUGCUCUGCUCAGUGGCCUUCAGUGGGAAUGUGCAUGUUUACAUGGAGAGGCUUUUGGAUCGACUCUAGCGCCACUUGCGCCAUGUAGACGCUCCGUUCUCGCUCCGUGUGCGCGCCGGAUUUCCACACAGGAUGUUCUGUGCCAAACUGAAGGAGCUGAAAAUUUCGGCCGAGUGUCCGUUUUCAGUGCUGGUCAAAAAUGAAGAGGCUGACGAGAGAGGAGAGAGAGAGGAGAGAGAGGAGAGCCGAGCUCAGAUCGCUGAACGCGUCGCUAACGUGGCGCCGAGACGCAAAACGAGCCGGAAUAAAGUUAAUCUGCAUUCACUCGGGGAGAGCGUCCGCAAACUGGUGUGUCCAGAGUUUGAGAAACUGAGAAACGCCAUGUCCAGAGUGAUGAAGCAGCAGACCAACGCCACAUGUCCUGCUCAACACAGCACAGAUGAUCAUCAGCUUCCUGACAAACCUGAACACUUGCUGGAGGUGAUGAAGAGUUACUCGGUGAAAACAGGAAUUUCCCUGGACUCCCUGAAGCUCGCUCUGGGCUCCGAGGUUUUCCGUGACUGCUAUGAAGAAGAUGAUCACGUGCUCCGUGUGGUGGGCGGAGCCCUGCAUGACUUCCUGAACAGCUUCAAUGUCCUCCUGAAGCAAAGCACACCACCCACCGCCAACGCCCGCCAUCACGUGUCCCAGGCCUCCGUGCUGUGCCUGGACAAAGACCCGGGUCUCCUGACCGUCUACUACUUCAACCCUCACUCCACCACCGAGCUCUUCUUCCCAGGCAUAGUUCAGGCAGCAGCUCACUUCCUGUAUGGCAUCAAAGUGGAUGUCAAGAUGGACUCAGAGCUAAAAGAUGGUGAGGCUCUCCAUGACAACCAUCAGCCCCACCUUUUGUACUCCAUAGCGGUGAGAGAUGCCAGGAGCCUGACGCCCAGCCCCAUGAGGACACACUCGUCCGGUCAUAUCCCUCUGUCUCUGCUCUACUCCACCUUUCCCUUCCACAUCCUUUUAGAUCAGGACAUGGCCGUGCUGCAGAUGGGAGACGGGCUGAGGAGGCGAUUAGGGCGUGGCAGGGAGGGGCAGAGAAGGCCAGCUUUUGAGGAACACUUUGUCAUUGUGAUGCCUGAGAUCCAGGCAGACUUCCAGCGAAUCCUCACCAUGCUGAACACACAGUUCAUCCUGAGGGUGAAGCAGUUCGGAGCUACUGCUGCCGGCUAUGGAAAGCACAUGGACCUUAAGGGUCAGAUGAUCUUCAUGUCCGAGUCAAACGCCGUGUUGUUUCUGGGCUCACCCUGUGUGGACCGUCUGGAAGAACUGACAGGGCGUGGCCUCUAUCUGUCUGAUAUCCCCAUCCAUAACGCCCUGCGUGAUGUGGUGCUGGUAGGUGAGCAGGCCAAGGCGCAGGAUGGCCUGAAGAAGCGUCUGGGCAAAGCGAAAGCAGCUCUGGAGCAGGCUCACCAGGCCCUCGAGGAGGAGAAGCGCAAAACCGUGGAGCUGCUCUUCACCAUCUUCCCCGGGAACGUGGCUCAGCGGCUGUGGCAGGGGCUUCCGGUGCAGGCCAAGAAGUUUGACGCUGUCACUGUGCUCUUCUCCGACAUCGUGGGCUUCACUGCGAUUUGCUCCCGCUGCACGCCCAUGCAGGUGGUGGACAUGCUGAGCGCCCUCUACACACGCUUCGACCACCACUGCGGAGAACUUGAUGUCUAUAAGGUGGAGACAAUCGGAGAUGCGUAUUGUGUUGCUGGAGGUUUACAUAAAGACAGUCCCACUCACGCUGUACAGAUCGCUCUGAUGGCACUGAAGAUGAUGGAGCUCUCUGAUGAGGUCACAACCCCCAUGGGUGAGGCUAUCAAGAUGAGGAUUGGCGUUCAUUCUGGCUCAGUCCUGGCGGGCGUGGUCGGGGUGAAGAUGCCUCGAUACUGUCUUUUUGGGAACAAUGUCACUUUAGCCAACAAGUUCGAGUCGUGCAGCCUGCCGAGGAAAAUCAACAUCAGUCCAACAACCUACAGGUUGCUGAAGGAUUGUCCUGAGUUCACGUUUAUCCCACGCUCCAGAGACGAACUUCCUCCCAACUUCCCCUCUGACAUUCCAGGUAUUUGUUACUUCCUGGAGUGGGCCGGCGACAGGACGAGUGACAGCGGGGUAACUGAUUUCUCCGCCCUGAUGAACAGAGUACAGUGAGGUGCAGGAUGUGGAGCUGAGCCGGCAGUAGCACGUCACCCAGCAAUAGGACUGUUUAGAAGGUGGUGGAGCGGUCAGUGCUGUCAGAGCUGUGCUGAAGUGCAGACAGUAUAAAGCGGGGAUUAGUUUGACUCCAGCACUUUAAUACAGCCCUGUGUUACUGAUCGUCCUCACAGAUAACCAUCUGCAGUGUUUAAGUCAAAGCCACAACCUCAGUAAUGAGCAUCAGAACACGAGAAUUAUUUAAAUACUGUACACAGAGUCGAUGUGAUCACGUUCAUGUAGUAUUUAUUCACUCUCACACUGAGAACCACAGCACAGCGUAAUGACCACACUGAAGCUUCCUGGGUCCUGAUGUCACACAGAUCAGUUUUACACCAGCUUCACUCUCAUCGCUAGCGUUUAUUCUGCAAAGUUCCUGCCAUCUUUCGCCCGCUGCUCAUGUGUUUUUUUUUUUGUGACAUCACACUGUAUGACAGCGGUCAUUCUGAGGACUGAAUAGUGACUGACCGCAUCGCCCUUAAUGAGUCUUCAUUUAAACAGUCACCUGCUUCAUCACAGACAUGCUGCCUCGUCAGUGAGUUAGUUAGCUACAACAUGCUAUUCUGAACAUUAGCAUAUGUUAGCUAGUUAGCUGAGACUGCCCCUUUCCUAUAGUAUCUAGUGAUGAAACACAAUGCAGUCCAACCCACUCCACCUGGUCCUGAAGAACUGCUUGAAUUUUGACUUUAAAACAGGGAGAGGUGUGUGUGUGUGUGUGUGUGUGUGUGUGCGUGUGUGUGUGUGAUAAUAAUCACUCAAUAGGCAUCACUGCAUUAAAUACAGCAAUGUAAAUGAAGACAUUAUUUAAAAAAAUCAGAUAAAAUAAAAAUGUUAGAUUUUGUCUGUAGCUGUCUCUAGCACUUACAAACCCCAAGAAGGUUUUAGAAUUGAAGAGACAGAGAUUCCUGCUUUAUAUAAAUCAGUGGUAAAGGCAGUUAUAAUGUUGAAUCAGUUGUGGUGUCAGUGGAGUGGCAGUGGGCGGGGCUUGGUCACGUGUAGUGAUGUAAGAGUAUGCCUUUUUACUGGAGGUGUUGAAGUUUAAUUAUUAGGAGAAACUCCUGGAAAAAAAGAUAGAUAAUGUGUCUGAUCUCUGCGUGUAAAACUGAUCCUGUCUGAAUCAGAGACUAAAAAAAAAACAUUUAUUAUAAUAAUAAUAAUAAUAAUAAUAAUAAUAAUAAUGUUCAGUGUGACUUUUUGUAUUGUAAUAGCUGAAAUAAAAAAAAUAAAAAAU